AGCUCGGACGUUAUAACUUUCGCAUUCGGUUGUUGUCUUUGCUGGUGCAGGUGCAGAUAUGUCCGGACGCGGGAAGCAGGGCGGCAAGGCGCGCGCCAAGGCCAAGUCGCGCUCGUCGCGGGCCGGGCUGCAGUUCCCCGUGGGCCGCGUGCACCGGCUGCUGCGCAAGGGCAACUACGCGGAGCGCGUAGGCGCCGGCGCGCCGGUGUACCUGGCGGCCGUGCUGGAGUACCUGACGGCCGAGAUCCUGGAGCUGGCGGGCAACGCGGCCCGCGACAACAAGAAGACGCGCAUCAUCCCCCGCCACCUGCAGCUGGCCAUCCGCAACGACGAGGAGCUCAACAAGCUGCUGGGCAAGGUGACGAUCGCGCAGGGCGGCGUGCUGCCCAACAUCCAGGCUGUGCUGCUGCCCAAGAAGACCGACAGCCACAAGGCUAAAACCAAGACCCUUUUCUUUUGCUUUUCUGGGUUUCUUGCUGAGGCAGAAAGAGCCAGACGCACUUAUACCUCUGGUCUGCACCAGGGUGCCCUUGCUGACGAGGCUCUUGAGCCCCAGCUUGAUGCGGCUGUUGUUCUUCUCCACAUCGUAGCCGCCGGCGGCCAGCGCCUUCUUGAGCGCGGCGAGCGAGAGCCCCUUGCGCUCCUUGGAGGCGGACACGGCCUUGGUGAUCAGCUCGGUGACGCUGGGCCCCGCGGGCUUGCGGGCUUUGGAGCCGCUCGCCGCCUUCUUCGGCUUCUUGGCGGCGGGGCCGGGGCGGUCCCGGCCAUUGCGGUGUAACCGGGAGCACCGGGCAGGGGCGGCCCCGGCCCCCCCCCGGUUAUCGCAGAGCGGCGGGCGCUGUUUGGCCCCGCCCGCCCUGCGUGGCCGCCGCCCGGUGCCCCGCCCUCCGUCUUGAGCUUCCUCGCGUGAAAUAGAAUGGUUUUUUUCUAUUUUAUCUGUCACGAAAUGGUCCUUUUUCUACAUCGGUGAGGCCGUGAGAACGACUGGUUUUCGCCUGUCGAUGUCUUGUCGCGAAAAGAGUUGGAUUUGAGUGGCUAGGGGAUAGCCGAGUCCGGCUAGCAAAUGGACCUCGAGAUCGCGAAAGUUUUGUUUUUCUUCGUAAGUUAGAAAUUUUUCUUUAAAGUUAACGUGAGUGAGAAAACUCAGUAUUAAUCUUCAGUGGGUCCUUUUAACCUUAGAUAAGAAAGCAAUCAGAGUCUCAAGUUUUCAAAGAGAGUGAGGUAGCACAAAGCUGAGGUUUAUAUCUCUGGCUACUGAAACACUUAGGUAUCAUUUUUUUCCUUUACUUCCAAAGUUUCCAGCGUGGAACGCCACGCUUCUAUGUAUGAAGCAUGAGACAGCACGUACUUUAUCUCCCUCUUUGAAACACGUUCCUAUUGUUAACGUAGCAAAAGGCUCUGCAAUAUCAGUGGAAUAAUUUGGGGACCUGAACACCAAAGAUUAAAAAGUUUGUGUUAGACCACAGAGCUUCAUGUAAGUCUCUGGUGCACAGAAACAGAUCACACUCUAAAUGAAGCACACAGUGCUAAAUCUGUAAAAUUGGUUCAUGUAAUUCAUUAACAUGGAAAAAUAAAUGGACAGAUCUCGAGUCUGCAAGAGAUGUCAGAGCACCAUUCUAUUCAUAUUUUGAUCUGAAGCUGGAAAGAAAAACCACAAUUUUUACUCACUGCCCUUUUUCUGUGUUACAGAUCAUGUCCCAGCAGUUUCUGUACAUAAAAGCUUUGGCUGCAGCGCAAAGUGAGGCAAAGCUCUUUAUGCACGUUGUGGUGACUACUCCAUUAGCAUGUAUACAUUCUUACCAGCUACAGCUUUGGGUAUAGUUUUGUGUCUCUGUCAGGAGUUACUAAUUCAUUCACCUUGAAGUUUAAUGGCCAUCAAUAGUUUAGCAGGGUCAGACUGCUGCAUUUGUUUUUAUACCUCACAUAAACAAAAUGCACUCGAAUAGUUUAGGUAUGAUGCUGACCAGUUAGGAUCAACUUUCCUUUUUCUUUUUCAACAAGAUAAAAAAUCUGUGAGUGGAAAAAUACUACCUCACUUCUCUAUUUCAUUCCACCAAAGAACAGUAAAAUGAACCUCUUGAAGAUUUUGGAAGACUCUUCAUCUUCAAUUAAUUCACAAAGUGUGAUUCAAAAAAACAUCAUGUAGGCACUUUGAUGUUUUCUUGUA